AUGCCCGGUGGAGCUGCGAUGAGCACCCGCAUACUCGUCGAUCUACUGAAGAACCGCGGGUUCGGCAUCGUAGCGCUGCAGGAGGUGUGUUGGACAGGAUCUAUGGUGCGAACGUUUAGAGAUGAUCAUACCAUCUACCAGAGCUGCGGCAAUACAUGCGAACUGAGAACAGCUUUCAUCGUGAUGGGUGAUAUGCAGAGGCGCGUGAUCGGUUGGUGGCCGAUCGACGAAAGAAUGUGCAGGUUGAGGAUCAAGGGCCGUUUCUUCAACUUUAGCAUAAUCAACGUGCACAGCCCUCACUCCGGAAGCACUGAUGAUGACAAGGACACAUUUUACGCGCAGCUCGAACGUUACUACGACUGUUGCCCAAGCCACGACGUCAAGAUCAUCAUAAAAGAUCUAAACGCUCAGGUAGGCCAGGAGGAGGAGCUCAGACCGACGAUUGGAAGAUCACCACAGCAGACGGAAUCGCAAAUCGACCACGUUCUGACUGAUGGAAGGCACUUCUCCGACGUUAUCGACGUCAGGACCUAUCGUGGUGCUAACGUCGACUCUGACCACUAUCUGGUGAUGGUGAAACUGCGCCAAGAACUCUCCAUCAUCAACAAUGCACGGUACCAACUACCGCAACGGUACAACAUAGAGCGAUUGAAGCAACCGGAUGUCGCCUCAGCAUACGCGCAGAAUCUCGAGGCAGCGUUGCCAGACGAGGGCGAGCUUGAUGUGGCUCCCCUAGAAGACUGCUGGAGCACAGUGAAAGCAGCCAUAAACAACGCAGCCGAGUGCACCGUCGGAACGGUGUCCGGAACGGAGUCGACGGAACGAAUGGUUCGACGAAAAGUGCAGGGUGAUUUUGGAGGAGAAGAACGCAGCGCGGGCGGUAAUGCUGCAGCAUGGAACCCGGCAGAACGUGGAACGAUACAAACAGAAGCGAAAAGAGCAGACCCGCAUCUUUCGGGAGAAAAAACGCCACCUGGAAGAAGGGGAGUGCGAGGAAAUGGAACUGCUGUACCGCUCUCAAGAAACACGGAAAUUCUACAAGAAGCUCAACAAAUCCCGCAAUGGCUCUGUGUCGCGAGCCGAAAUGUGCAGGGAUAA